AUGUUGAAACCCCUGUUCGGUGUUUUGUCUUACUGUUAUUUCCAAGUGGUCCAUCUCCUUUUUUGGUUGUAUAAUUUUUUGUUUAAACCGAGAAGAACCAUCCCCCGGCCAGCUCCAGACGACAUUGAACAACUUCUUCUGAUCUCUGCUUCCCAGGCCGCCGACAUGAUAAGGAAAAAAGAGGCAAGAAGGUUUUUCUGAGUUACGGUAGUUUUUAGCUCUCGUCAUACCAGUUGAUAGAAGUAUACAUUCGACGGAUCCAAGCCAUAAAUCCUCUUCUCAAUGUGGUUGUUCAAGACAACUUCAAUGAAGCCCUAAAGGAAGCACAGCAAGUGGAUGAAUGGUUGGAUACGAUUGAUUCGAAUUCGGAUGAAUACAAGGUUCAGUUUGGGUAGAUAGAUGUGAACAGGUUGUUUAGAACUUGGCGUCAACGAAGCCUUUGCUUGGGGUCCCGUUUACUCUUAAGGACAGUAUGUAUGUACAAGGACUGGUGAUUACUGCCGGAAUCCCCGCCUUGGCAGACUCUCCUCCGUGCGAGGAAGAUGCCGCCAUAGUUUCCAUUUUGAGAGAGGCUGGAGCCAUUCCUUUAGCGGUCACGAAUGUCCCAGAAGCGUGUCUUUGGUGGCAAUGUAAUAAUGGGAUCUAUGGCCAAACCAACAGUCCUUACGACCUGAGAAGAGGAGUCGGCGGAAGCUCUGGAGGAGAGGGAUGUCUGAUCGGAGCUGCCGGAUCCGUAGUCGGAAUUGGUUCGGAUAUUGGAGGCUCUGUACGGAUCCCAGCGUUCUUUAACGGAGUUUUCGGGCUCAAACCCAGCUCCGGUUUUAUUCCAACGAGCGGUCACAUUCCACGUGCCACAACCGAGAACCGCGUUAACAUGUUUUCAAUUGGUCCCCUUUGUCGGUAUGCACGCGAUCUAUCUUUGAUGUUCAAGGUAAUUUAUCAGGUACAUUUGAAAAAAUUAUUAGAUUAUGGUCGGCCCCGAAAUCAGUGCACGUCUCCAAUUGGAUCGUCCUGUACCACUGGCAAGGACUCGCGUCUUUUUUAUGAAAGAUCUUGAUUCCUUGAUUACUUCUCCUAUUCAUCCUGAUUGUUCACGUGCUGUGAAGAAGGCGGUAAAAUAUUUUGAGAAAAAAUAUGACCUUUCGGCUUACAAUGUCGACUUCCCUAUCGCCCAUCAUGCUAUAGAUCUGUGGAUGACACGAAUGCAUGCUGACAACGAGAGAUUUGCCGACGUCUUGGCUAACAAGGUGCCCACGACGGAAUAGCUAUUGAAAUUAUUCUAGGUUAAUUCAGGCAUGAAUCCUCUGAAAGAGAUGGUCCGUUAUUUCCUUGGCCGAUCAAAAAACACCUUUAUUUCACUGGCCACGGCGUUUGUUGACGAUCACCAGAUGAAGUCGAAAGAUCAACUAGACUUUGUGAGUUAAAAAAAACCCCCCUAUUCACGAGGUGUUAUUAUGCGGAUAAGAAUUUAAGGUGAACAGCAAGAGAGAUCAACUUCGAAGGGAAGUUGCGAGUCUGUUAGGGACUGAUGGAAUCCUGGUUUUCCCUGGAUUCCCGCGCCCAGCUUACUUUCAUAACGAGGCUGUGCUUUGUCCAUUCGAUUUUGCUUAUACAGCUUUGUGGAGUGCCUUAGGACUUCCUGUUGUAGCUUGUCCGAUGGGGCUAAACUCGAAUGGAUUGCCAGUUGGGGUUCAGGUGGUCGGAAGCAAUGGGUCCGAGGCCCUCCUGAUUGCAAUUGCACAGGAUUUAGAAGAAGGAUUCGGCGGAUGGAAAGCACCCGUCUUCGGGUAG